GGGGAUAGAAAAGAUUGCGGUAGCCCAGCCCUGAGUCUGGAGAGCAAGAGGGUGGAGGAAAGGCAGAGGAAGAGCUAAAUCAGGGAGUGGAAAAUCCAGAAUUUCCAGAUUUAGGAGCAGUGCAGCGUGCUGAUCUGAGAGCUCCAUCACCGCUGGGGAAGAACCGCCUUUUGUGCUUCCCUCGCUGCAGUGGGGGAGUGCGUUUACCACCGUGCCCAAGGGGAGAAAGCAAGAAGUAUCCUCCAAUCAGCCGUUAGUGAUUUUCCCGAUCCUGCAGGGCUACUGAUGGGGAUUCAUCACUGACCUGAGACAGACACUGCUCAACACCCCAGCUACCUGUGAUGCUCACAAGGGGUUUUUAUUUCUUUUCUGUCACGUAGAAUGUGGAUAUUUGGCAUGACCGGAGGACAAAGAGAGGAUUAAACUGGACAUGCUGCCGAUUUACAUUUUGUUUUUUGCAGACUGAAGAUGGACUAACUUUUACAUGUGUGUUUUUCUGCCAUAGGAGGACUGUUUUUUUUUUGUCCAUGCCAGCCAUUGUUUGUCAUGUCGAGAGGUAUAUUUUCAUUUUUUCUGAAAGCAUGGGAGGUAGGCAAUCCCCAUAGACACUCCGAAACAUCAUGUAGGACGGACACGGGCAGGCAGAGGUGAACGGGGGACGGAGAGAGGCGAUGACAGUUGGAGCACACCUGCCUGCUGAGUGCGUCUGGCACCUCGCUGUAGUCUGAUUGGCCACCUGCUCUCGGCGGUUUGACUAUCUAGCUGUGUUCGCCGACUUUUCAUGCUUCUCAUUAGGAGGGGAAAGCUCUCCCGUGGGUGUGCUAGGGAGCGAGGUCCUCUGUGUUGGGAUUACACGGCUGCUGGAAGGAUACAGGUGUAGUGAAGCCUUGAAUGAGGAUUAGCUGUAACACCUUGUCGAUGGCAGCAGAGGAGGUGGUGGACUCUCCUGUUCCGGCCGCGCACUGGAGGAUUAAAGAUAAAGGUUUCAGCAAAGCGAUGAGACUCAGAGGGAAGGGGGAAAUGCAUUAAGAUUCUAUGUCCCUCCAGUUCUGCUUAUCCUUGACUGACUGGGCCUGAUCUUUGAGCAAAUGAGACUGACUGUAUAAAUAAACUGAGGCCAUUUAUAAUAGUUUUAUAAGUAGCAGUGUAACACUGACAAAAGAAAAAAAGCUUAUUUGGAGGUUUAAGACAAAGAAAAAAAAGCUUUGGAAAGUUCAAUUCUAAGCUCUGGGAUAAUCCAACGAUCACAAGUGAGCCAAGACCUGUUUUUGUAUUGAUUCCCCCUCAACAUACAAGAGUCUUAUCUGAUCAUUGCUCAAGAGGACACAGAUUUCAUGAUAAUCUAUCAUUCCUCUCCCUGCAGCUGUUUAGCAGCUGGUGAUGCUAUAGCGGAGCACCACAGGUUCAGUAAUUCUCUGGUGCCGGGCGGCCGGACAGAUCCAUCAGCAGCACCAGACUUCAUCAGUAUAACUCACACCUCUCGCACCGGGUUGAGAGGCCGUGUGAUGAAAUACCUCUCCACUGAUGGCAGAGAGGGACCAAACGUUUUUUUUGUCUGGUAGAGCUUGCGGUGGAAAGUGUUGAGUGUUGUGAUCUAUCCCGACACAGGUGCGUUUUGGCCUUAUCUCCGCUGGGCAGCCGGGGGCUUCCAAGAACAGGCUAAUGGUGUCAGGGGCGCCACCGCGCACCACUCCGCCCGUCCCGUUCCUAAACUCAGCGAGUUUGAAUGUAAUUACAGCCGAAAAACAGCUUUAACUGCGCAGGUUAAUCCUUCAGUGGGUGACCGUGGCGGGGAAGGGUGCUGACAGGGCUCUCAGAGGGGACACAUUAUCUCAGCGGCCACAUUCAGAAGUCCAUCAGGAAAGAGGGAAAUCACAGAAAAAAUGCUGAUGGGGAGAGCAGUGUGGGAGUGAAGAAGGGCUGAGGCAAGUUCUUUGAUAUUUGCAUUGUUUGGAGCCGCGGUACUGCGAGUGUGGGGGAGUUCUGCUACAGAAGAGUUCUGCUGGGAGCACCUGCUGCGUACUGCAGUUUUAGACUUCAGCGUUCUGAGGGGGGCUGCAUAGAGCAGGUAUUCUGUUUCACUGUUGACUGGAUGAGACUUCAGCUGUCAGCUGCCGGAUCCGUUAAAGAAGCACACACCAGCAAGGCAUUUACAGCACAUCUGUUGUUUUUUUUAACAAAUCCAGUCAACGGUUUUUCCCGCGAUAGCAAAGAAACACUCACCUGAUGCUGGAUCACCUGCAACAAGCACACAAACUUAAGCUGAAGUUCUUGUUUCUAUUUUUGUUUUUUUCCCUGAAAUGGAAACGAGAUUGAAUUUGACUUUGGAUUGUGAUGUUUGAAUCAUAAGCACAAGAGAAGGCACAAAAAAAGAGCACAAACGCAGAGCCAAUUGAACGGUGCUCUUCCUCCUCGGGAUGCGCGGUGCGUUGCUCUGAGGACCGCUGUUACACACUAUACAGCCCCAGCGAAUGAGGGUGGGGCUCUCCCACUGCCACAGACAAAGACUCCUGCCGUGAGAACUGGCCAUCAGUUGCUGGACCUGCGCCGUCCGGCGCCCUGUCAAAAGUCACAAUGGGGUGCAACAUGUGCGUGGUUCAAAAGCCCGAGGAACAGUACCGGGUCAUGUUCCAGAAGGGCCGCGUGGGCAACAUGCUGUGCUCCUUUGACGCCGACGGUCGAUUAAAGAUGAAUGGAAAGGAUCUCUCUUGUCUCUCCGGGGAUCCCACCCUGGACCUACGGGACCCUGUGCUGUCCAACAUACUGAAGCGGGGGUCCCGCAGGCGGGCGGUCCCGGCCGGGGCUCCGGGGGGGCAUGUGCCGGUGACCAUGGGCAUGGCCGACUGCGUGGACAGCUGCACCCAGACGGACAUCAGCUUCCAGCACAUGCUGACUCUGGGCAAGAGCAGCCAGCACCCCUGUGGGGCUCCGCCCCCACCUGACCCCCCGCCCUCCCCGCCGCUGCCGCCCCUCCUGGAGCCGUAUCUGCUCAACGAGCUAUUCCCUGAGCCCGUGUACUACGACCCCACCGACUACUUUGAUAUCGCUCAGCAUGAGGUGGACAGGCAGGACGAGCUGGAGUACGAGGAGGUGGAGCUGUACAAGUCCCGGCACCAGGACAAACUGGGCCUGACGGUGUGCUACAGGACGGAUGAGGAGGAGGAUCUCGGCAUUUACGUCGGGGAGGUGAACCCAAACAGCAUCGCUGCCAUGGAUGGCCGCAUCCGCAAAGGAGACAGAAUACUGCAGAUAAAUGGAGUGGACAUCCAGAACAGAGAGGAGGCGGUGGCUAUUCUCACCAGAGAGGACAGCACCAACAUCUCCCUGCUACUCGCCAGGCCCGAGAUAGAGAACGACAACCAGCUGGAUUUGGACGAGCUGGACCUGGAGCCGCUGGACAACGCCGUUCAUUUGGGCGGCGGCCACAGAGAGAGGACCGGCCCCUCCGUCCUGGGCGCAGGGGCGGUCAGCGCCGCGGGCGUCCUCCAGAGCCGCGGCCACCCGGUGAACCGGGACUCCCCCGACCUGCUGAAGACGGUGCUGAGCAACAGCCAGGAGCUGGACAGCGGCGUGGGCCGCACAGACGAGAGCACCCGCUACGAGGAGUCCUCGGAGCACGACCUACUGGGCGAUGACCACACCAGCGCCCCCAACACCAACGCCACCAACACGCCGGGCAGCAUGCGCAAGUUCCUGUCCGGCCGGGGGGACACCCCGCCCCUGCUGCAUUGCCAAGACCUCCAGUUCAGCACCGACUCCCUCCUGGGUCUGGACUGUUUGGGCGGCGGGGGGGGGGGCUGGAACAGGUGGAGAGGGCCUGGGCGCCGGACCCCGUGCGGACGAUGAUGAUGAUGCCCGGCCUAACCGAGGAGGAGUGCGAGAGGUACAAGGAGCUCCUGGAGAUCAAGUGCUUCUACGAGAAGACCAGCUGCGCUAUGGGGGUGGCGCGGGAGGAGGGGGGGGUCUCGCUGGAUGAGAACCGGAACGAGAGCCUGACGCAGCACGAGAUGGCGCUGAUCGAGGAGGAGCUGCGGCACCUGGAGUUCAAGUGCCGGAACAUCCUGCGGGCGCAGAAGAUGCAGCAGCUCAGGGAGCGCUGCAUGAAGGCCUGGCCGCAGGAGGACAAGAACGGGGCCGGCGGGGGGGCCGGGCGCCCGGAGAUGACCGCUGGCCUGGGGAGCGAGGAGUCCUGUCACCACGCCCUGUCGGACAUCAACGAGCUCCCGGAGAGGGAGCGCUCCGACAAGGACAGCACCAGUGCCUACAACACGGGGGGGGAGAGCUGCCGGAGCACCCCGCUGGUCAACGAGCACUUCCCUUCCACGCACAGCCUGGAGGCGGGGGGGGAUCUCCCGGUGGAGGGCAAGCAGCCCCAGACCUCCCUCAGGCAGAAGGAGAGGGCAGCCAGGGCGGACAGAGGGGAGGGGGCGCCGGUCAACCUGAACCAGUCCCACAGGAGAGCCGCCGACCCCAGGACCUCCAGCCCCGGGGCCAAGGUCCGGUCCCUGACCCGCGACGCGGGGGCCCGGAGGGGCUCCGACGGGGGGGUGAGGCGCAACCCC